AUGUUUCAAAUGGCACGUAACAAUGUUAUCAACACAUCAAACAUUUGUCUUAUUGAGUUUCUCCAUGCUGGCUGGCCAGAAAUAAAACAAGACAUCCACAACCACAACCACACGUCUUACAUUGUAUUCUCAAGCCUUCAUUCUCCUCUUGCUUGUUUUUCACACCCUUCUUCCCUUUUCACAAUGGCUCAGCAGAAGGUGGUGUUAAAGGUCCUUACUAUGACGGAUGACAAAACAAAGAAGAAAUCAAUAGAAGCAGUUGCAGAUAUCUAUGGAGUUGAUUCAAUUGAGACAGAUGUUAAUGAACAGAAGUUAACAGUGAUUGGCGAAAUGGAUACAGUGGCAGUAGUGAAGAAGCUAAAGAAAGUGGGGAAGGUAGAUAUAGUAUCAGUUGGACCUGCCGUAGAAGAGAAGAAAGAAGAGAAGAAAGAAGAAAAGGAAGAGAAAAAGGAAGAGAAACAAGAGGAGAAAAAAUAAAGACAACAAUACACAUCAUUGGAUUUUCAAAUUCUCUCUUUACAUUGCCCAAGGAGCUAAUGACUUAUGAAUGUGAUAAUAUAUUUAUCUAUGCAUUUGACUCAUGCUUGUAAAGAAUGAUAUAACUACAUGCAAAGAAUGAUAUAUUUGUGGAAUGAAAGAGAAACAUAAGACCAAACCAAAAAAUAAAAGGGGACAAAAGAAGAUUAGGAGGUUUUUAUAUGAAAUAAUAAAGGGACCUUUCUCUAUGACUAAAUUUUAAAGAUAUAACCAUUGUGAAUCACCUAAAUGUCUUCAUGAUGCUAAAAUUUAAUUAACUAACUUAGCAUGCAAGAUAAUUCUAGGGAAAAGUGCUGGGAUUACCCUGAAAGCAAAGCAAGGUACAAUGG